AUGGGGUUAGCAGGUACAAAGAUAAAGCAGAGAUUUGGAAAUGAUCCUAGAAAUACAAACUGGUCUAAUGAUACCUCCCGUUUUGGGCAUCAAUAUUUAGCGAAAAUGGGUUGGCAACAGGGCAGUGGAUUAGGGUUGGUGUCCCAUGCAUUAACUACCCACGUUAAAGUUUCAAUUAAAGACGAUAAUUUGGGGCUAGGAGCCAAAUUACAUAAACGUAAAGCGAAUGGAGACGGUGGAUUAGAGGAAGAAGGAACUGCUGGAUUAGAUGCGUUCCAAAGAAUAUUGGGAAGAUUAAAUGGGAAAGAAAAUGUGGUCAAUAAAGUAUUGGACAAUGUUCGUGAUGAUGAUAUAAUUAAUGGUAAAUGGGGUAUGAGAUUUGUCAAGGGAGAAACUUUGCUGAGUACUUGGGAUAAGGAGAGCAAAAAAUUGAUAUCUUAUAAGAAUAUAGAAGAUGAUGGGAAAAAAAGCAGAAAGAGGAAAGCUGAUGAAAGUGAAACUAAGGAAGACAAAAAGACGUUGAAAAAGCAUAAGAAGGAAAAGAAAGACAAAAAGGAGAAGAAGGAAAAGAAGAAAAAGAAGGAAAAGAAGGACAAGAAGGACAAGAAGGACAAGAAAAACAAGAAAGACAAGAAAGACAAGAAGGACAAGAAGGACAAGAAGGACAAAAUACGAACUGGUUCAGAUGAAACACUAGUAUCAAAAGAAUCUAGUGCUACUCCGCCCCCAAUUGCCACUCGACUUUCAGCUAGAUCAAAGUGGAUUAAGCAAAAAAGGGCAUCAGUGAUGGAUUCAAAAGCAUUAAACGAAAUUUUCAUGAUCACCAAUUGA